AUUUAACAUGUUAAGUCAAAUCAGGAAGUGUGAUGCUGUGACAUUACAGAAGGAAGCAGGCGCACAAUGGCACUAUGUCUGCCUCUCGGCCUGGUAACAUGAGAGGCCCCCGGGUGAAGACCCCGCUCCUGCUGCUGCUGCUGCUGUUGAACGCCCUGACUGGGACAGUGUUAUGCAAUGAUGAUGAAGAUUCAGGGGCUGAGACAGAUGGGGAGGCCACUGGCAACAGUAGUGAUGACGCAGGUGAUGGUGGUCAAGGUGCAUCAGAGACGACAACUGAUAUACAUAACACCACUUUAUCACCAGACAUCAUUUCUACAGUUCAGGAGGACAUAGAGGAAGAACACGGCUCAGGACAGACCCGCUCCAUCACUGGAGUUGAUGACGUUGCACCAACAAAUACAGAAGAGUCCACCGUUGUGGGUGCCACCACAACACCAAUAGAGGAGCAGAAUUUGGGUCUCAUCAUCAUCGUCAUCCUCGUGGUGUUGGUGAUUGUCAUCAUCGGCAUAAUAGUUUGUGGUAUUUUCAUCAGCCGCAGGUGGAACAAAAAACCAAGAAAUCAAGAGCUAAGAAAAGAAGAUCCAUAUUUGGAUGAAUCUGGCACAGAGAAGGUGCCAAUGCCCAUGUUUGAAGACGAUGUGCCCUCUGUACUGGAGCUGGAGAUGGAGGAGUUGGACCAAUGGAUGAAAAAAGAUGGUGAAACUGCAGUAGACUCUAAUCCUGCAUAAUUAAUAAUGGUUAACAAAGGACGCUCUCCCGGUAUGCAAGGACGCACAGUCAACAAUGCAUCGUUGCCAACUUGGAUGCUCUGACCUUACUACAAUAAUCCAGCUACAUUUGUGACCACAGGAGGUCAUUUGACUGCCAGGAAACAUCGUCACAACACUGAGGGGACACUUGCAAACAUUAUUUUUGUUUUUACAGUAAAACAUUCAGAAAGUCAUUCCUCCUGAAAGUCUUCAGUGGAGAACAAUUAGACUUAAAUGUGUUGACUAGUGGCUCUUUUUUUAUUACAAUGAUCAGUGUUUUUUUGCCUUUCAUGUAUUGUUCUUUCAUGCUCUGUCUGUUUUUAUUGUUUGUUGUUUACUGACGCCAGGUACUUAUUCAGUAUUUUCUGUCUCAUAGAAUCAGCUUGAAAGACAAGUAUUUAGUAUAAAUCUAAAAAAAAAAAAAAAAAAAAAAAACCCACUGUGCUGUAGCUACCAAAUGUUUCCCAUUUGCUGAUUCAUGCUGUUAAAGAGUAUGCAGUCAUCUUCAAGUGCAUUAGGCCAACACUCAUCUCUACCCCUCACAGACAUGACUGCUCAUAGUUUCUGCUGAUGGCUUAUCUUCAGCUCAAAGCCUCUUUGUUUUGUUACACUGUGUGACUCCAUCCAGCUGCAGGUUUUAAUGGGGAAAUAUCCUGUUGAAGAUUCGUAGGCAUGCAUGACAGAGAGGGGCCACUCCUUUUUCAUGCCUGUGCAGAGCUGGUUGGGACUUAGGGAGAAAGAGUUUUUAUUCAGAGGCUGAUUGAAAUCUCAGAGUGUGAAAUCAGGAGCCUUCUGUUUCUGAGUCUUUUGAUAAAUUACUACCCGUUGCUGAAGCAGCUUUCUAAAAGCUGCUACUGAUAAGAUUUUCAUCUCACUAUAGAUAAUAACUCUCUGACUGAAUAUGUUACAGCAGAUAACAGGUGCUGUUCAGAUGUUUCAUUACCAGUUUUGGCUUGAAUGUGUUGAAUCUAAGCAGUCAUUACACUGAUUUAAAUGUGAGCGCUACUUUCUGUCACUCUCAGUAUUUUGCAGGAUCUUGCACUGUAAAUAUGGGAGUUAAAAAUACCAAAAGAUAUUAUUUUCAUGGAAUGCCUUGUGUAAAUAUUUCAUUUAAGGUUGUAGUAUUUUUAUUUUGCUGAUGAAGCUUUUGAUAAAAUUUCAAUAAAGAAAAAAUCUUGAUAAAA